GUCGAGAAAUCAACCGGUCAAUGUGGUAACCAGGUCGGAUCCGCCUUCUGGGACGUGUUGACCCAGGAACACGGGAUCGACGCUAGCGGAGCUUUCGUCGGUCACUCGGAGACCCAGUUGGACAAGAUCAAUGUCUACUUCAACGAGGCUUCGGCCAAGAAGUACGUCCCCCGAGCCGUCCUCGUCGACUUGGAGCCCGGUACUAUGGACUCUAUCAAGAGCGGCCCCCUGGGAAACCUUUUCAGGCCCGAUAACAUGGUCCACGCUCAAUCCGGUGCCGGAAACAACUGGGCCAAGGGUCACUACACCGAAGGAGCCGAGCUCGUCGACCAGGUCCUCGAUGUCGUCCGAAAGGAAGCCGAGGGGACCGAUUGUCUCCAAGGGUUCCAGAUCACCCACUCGUUGGGAGGUGGAACUGGGUCUGGUAUGGGUACGCUCUUGAUCUCCAAGAUCAGGGAAGAGUUCCCGGACAGGAUGAUGUGCACCUUUUCGGUCAUGCCCUCUGCCAAGUUGGUCGAGAACUCUGACCAGACCUACUGUAUCGACAACGAGGCGCUUUACGACAUUUGCAUGAACACCUUGAAGAUCCCCAGCCCUCCUUAUGCCGACUUGAACCACUUGGUCUCGCUCGUCAUGUCCGGUGUUACCACCUGUUUGCGAUUCCCCGGAUCGUUGAACUCGGACUUGAGGAAGCUCGCCGUCAACAUGGUUCCCUUCCCGCGUCUCCACUUCUUCAUGGCCGGUUUCGCCCCUCUGGCCGCCAGGGCUUCUCAGCAGUACCGAGGUCUCACCGUCCCCGAGCUCGGUCAACAGCUCUUUGACCCCAAAAACUUGAUGGCCGCUUCCGACCCCAGGUCCGGGAGGUACUUGACCGUCGCUACUUACUGGCGAGGAAAGGUCUCGAUGAAGGAGGUCGAGGAUUACAUCUACACCAUGCAGACCAAGCACUCGGACCAGUUUGUCGAGUGGAUCCCCAACAACGUUCAAAUGGCCCACUGUGACAUUGCCCCUCGUGGCCUCAAGAUGUCGGCUACUUUCAUUGCCAACUCUACCUCCAUCCAAACCUUGUUCAAGCGUGUCGGUGACCAGUUCUCUGCCAUGUUCAGGCGAAAGGCUUUCUUGCAUUGGUACACUGGAGAGGGUAUGGACGAGCUCGAGUUCACCGAGGCCGAGUCCAACUUGCAGGACUUGGUCGCCGAGUACCAGCAGUACCAGGAUGCCACCGCCGACGACGAGGAGAUCAUGUACGAGGACGACAUGCCCCUCGAGGAGGAGCAGAUGUAAGGAGCCGGCGAUUCGCUCUUCACGAGCCUUGAAAUCACUCUCCCUUGACCGCCGACGCAUCAGCUCGGUAUUGACGACCUUUCGACCUACUCUGGACACGAACGACGACGAACACGGAACUUUUCCCCUUUCUUCCUCAAACACACGCUCUUUUGCAUCUUUUUUUUGCUACGACAUGUCUCUUUUUUGCUUUCGCGGGUUAUCCGAGGAUCUGGCCAGCCUCGUGUCUCUUAUGAGACGGAUCUCCCGGCGAAUGGCGGUGUCACCUU